UUGUCACACCGACCUGCACCAUCUCUCGCCUGCCUGUGGGGUUUCUGUCAACUAGUCGUGGAGGGGAGGAAACUCUUUAAAGAAUAACAUCUUAUUGUGGCCAUGCCAGAACCCACUAAGAAAGAGGAAAAUGAAGUGCCAGCCCCAGCCCCGCCCCCGGAAGAACCAAGUAAAGGGAAGGAGGCCGGAACUACACCAGCAAAAGAUUGGACCCUUGUCGAACCACCUCCUGGGGAGGAACAAGCCAAGCAGAAUGCCAACUCCCAGCUGUCCAUCUUGUUCGUUGAAAAACCUCAAGGAGGAACAGUGAAAGUUGGUGAAGAUAUCACCUUCAUAGCCAAAGUCCAGGCUGAAGAUCUUCUGAGAAAACCCACUAUCAAAUGGUUCAAAGGAAAAUGGAUGGACCUGGCCAGCAAAGCUGGGAAGCACCUUCAGCUGAAGGAAAGCUUUGAGAGGCACAGUCGGGUGUACACAUUUGAGAUGCAGAUCAUCAAGGCCAAAGAGAACUUUGCAGGAAAUUACAGAUGCGAGGUCACCUAUAAGGAUAAGUUUGACAGCUGUUCAUUUGAUCUUGAAGUGCGUGAAUCUACUGGGACUACUCCAAACAUUGACAUCAGAUCUGCUUUCAAGAGAAGUGGAGAAGGUCAAGAGGAUGCAGGGGAACUUGACUUUAGUGGUCUCCUGAAACGUAGGGAGGUGAAGCAGCAGGAAGAAGAACCCCAGGUGGACGUAUGGGAGUUGCUGAAGAACGCGAAACCCAGUGAGUACGAGAAGAUCGCCUUCCAGUAUGGAAUCACCGACCUGCGCGGCAUGCUCAAGCGGCUCAAGCGCAUGCGCAGAGAGGAGAAGAAGAGCGCAGCUUUCGCAAAAAUUCUUGAUCCUGCAUAUCAAGUUGACAAAGGAGGCAGAGUGAGGUUUGUUGUGGAGCUGGCAGAUCCAAAGUUGGAGGUGAAAUGGUAUAAAAAUGGUCAAGAAAUUCGACCCAGUACCAAAUACAUCUUUGAACACAAAGGAUGCCAGAGAAUCCUGUUUAUCAAUAACUGUCAGAUGACAGAUGAUUCGGAGUAUUAUGUGACAGCCGGUGAUGAGAAAUGUUCCACUGAGCUCUUCGUACGAGAGCCUCCAAUUAUGGUGACCAAACAGCUGGAAGAUACAACUGCUUAUUGUGGGGAGAGAGUGGAAUUAGAAUGUGAGGUGUCUGAAGAUGAUGCCAAUGUAAAAUGGUUUAAGAACGGUGAAGAGAUUAUCCCUGGCCCAAAAUCAAGAUACCGAAUUAGAGUUGAGGGUAAAAAACACAUCUUGAUCAUAGAGGGAGCAACAAAGGCUGAUUCUGCAGAAUAUUCAGUAAUGACAACAGGAGGACAAUCAUCUGCUAAACUUACUGUUGACUUGAAACCUCUGAAGGUUUUGACACCUCUGACUGAUCAGACUGUAAAUCUUGGAAAAGAAAUCUGCCUGAAGUGUGAAAUCUCUGAAAACAUACCAGGAAAAUGGACUAAAAAUGGCCUACCUGUUCAGGAGAGUGACCGUCUAAAGGUGGUUCACAAGGGAAGGAUCCACAAGUUAGUGAUAGCCAAUGCCCUCACUGAAGAUGAAGGUGAUUAUGUAUUUGCACCUGAUGCCUACAAUAUUACUCUGCCUGCCAAAGUUCAUGUUAUUGAUCCUCCUAAGAUCAUCCUGGAUGGUCUCGAUGCUGACAAUACAGUGACAGUGAUUGCAGGAAACAAGCUUCGUCUUGAGAUCCCCAUCAGCGGAGAACCACCUCCUAAAGCCAUGUGGAGCCGGGCAGAUAAGGCUAUUAUGGAAGGCAGUGGCCGGAUAAGGACAGAAUCUUACCCUGAUAGCAGCACUCUGGUCAUUGAUGUAGCUGAAAGAGAUGACUCUGGUGUUUACCACAUCAAUCUGAAAAACGAAGCUGGAGAGGCACAUGCAAGCAUCAAUGUUAAAGUUGUGGACUUCCCUGAUCCUCCAGUGGCACCGACUGUGACAGAGGUGGGAGAUGACUGGUGUAUCAUGAACUGGGAGCCUCCUGCCUACGACGGAGGCUCUCCAAUCCUAGGAUAUUUUAUUGAGAGGAAGAAGAAACAAAGCUCCAGGUGGAUGAGGCUGAAUUUUGAUCUCUGCAAAGAAACAACUUUUGAGCCCAAGAAGAUGAUUGAAGGUGUGGCCUAUGAGGUCCGCAUCUUUGCAGUCAAUGCCAUUGGCAUCUCCAAGCCCAGUAUGCCCUCUAGGCCUUUUGUUCCUUUGGCUGUAACGAGCCCUCCUACUCUUCUGACUGUGGACUCUGUCACUGACACGACUGUCACGAUGAGGUGGCGCCCCCCAGACCACAUUGGUGCAGCAGGUUUAGAUGGCUAUGUGCUAGAGUAUUGCUUUGAAGGAACUGAGGAUUGGAUAGUUGCAAACAAAGAUCUGAUCGACAAGACGAAGUUCACCAUCACAGGUCUGCCAACAGAUGCAAAGAUCUUUGUGCGUGUGAAGGCUGUUAAUGCAGCUGGUGCCAGCGAACCCAAGUACUAUUCUCAGCCCAUUCUCGUGAAGGAAGUCAUAGAACCUCCAAAGAUUCGCAUCCCAAGACACCUGAAGCAAACCUAUAUCCGCAGAGUUGGAGAAGCUGUCAAUCUGGUUAUACCUUUCCAGGGAAAACCAAGACCAGAAUUAACUUGGAAGAAGGAUGGUGCAGAAAUCGAUAAGAAUCAAAUAAACAUUCGCAACUCUGAGACUGAUACAAUCAUAUUUAUUAGAAAAGCAGAGAGGAGUCACUCUGGGAAAUACGAUCUGCAAGUCAAAGUGGACAAAUUCGUGGAGACCGCAUCAAUUGACAUCCAGAUCAUUGACCGUCCAGGUCCACCCCAAACUGUGAAGAUUGAGGAUGUCUGGGGAGAAAAUGUCGCUCUCACAUGGACUCCACCAAAGGAUGAUGGAAAUGCUGCUAUCACAGGGUAUACCAUCCAGAAGGCUGACAAGAAGAGCAUGGAAUGGUUUACUGUCAUUGAGCAUUAUCACCGAACCAGUGCCACCAUUACUGAAUUGGUCAUAGGGAAUGAAUAUUACUUCCGGGUCUUUUCUGAAAACAUGUGCGGCCUCAGUGAGGAUGCCACCAUGACUAAAGAGAGUGCAGUGAUCGCCAAGGAUGGUAAAAUCUACAAAAAUCCAGUGUAUGAAGACUUUGAUUUCUCAGAGGCACCCAUGUUUACUCAGCCUUUGGUUAACACCUAUGCCAUAGCUGGUUACAAUGCCACCCUAAACUGCAGUGUGAGAGGAAAUCCUAAGCCUAAAAUAACCUGGAUGAAAAACAAAGUUGCUAUUGUGGAUGAUCCAAGAUACAGGAUGUUCAGCAACCAGGGAGUCUGUACCCUGGAAAUUCGCAAGCCCAGCCCCUAUGAUGGAGGCACUUACUGCUGCAAAGCAGUCAAUGACCUUGGGACAGUGGAGAUUGAAUGCAAACUGGAGGUGAAAGGAUACAUGUGCAAGAAUUUCUUGAGGAUCUAUUUCUGGAUCAGAAUUGUGGUGUCAGAGUAUACGCGUCUUCAACUUCACCAGAUCAUGCCAGGUUGUUUUUCAAGUGGUUGUAACCAUCUACUCUUCCUAGCUAACACUUCCACUUGGGAUGACUGGAGCUUCACCAGCCAUUCUGAAUCAUGAGAUGGCUUUAUAGAUACAAGUCAGAGAGGAUAUUGGAGCAGAGAGACAGAAGAGCCUGAGUUCCUGAUGACCAUGGAAACAUCGUACCAGUCUUGGAAUGCCAAUUCUAUACUUCUUUUAUGUGAGAGAGAAAUAAAUUCCUGUUGUCUAAGCUAUUCAGUCUAUGGUAUUUUGUUAAGACAAUCCAAGCUGACUAAUACACCUGCUUCUUUUUUUUUUCACUCAACAUAUGCUUGUGCAAUUCAUUCACGUUCAUAAGUGCACCCUGGAACAUUACCAUGUUCCAGGGCUUCUCCUAUAGAAACUGAACAUAGCCCAGUUGAUUAUUUUUUGUUCUGAUUGAUUUUUAGGAGUUCUUUACAUAAUCUGGGUACUACUCAUUGUGGGUUUUGAGGGAAAUACCUUUUCCCAGUUUAUGGCUUGUCUUUUCAUUCUCUUGAUGAUGUCUUUUGAUGUACAUUAAAAAUUAUCUUUAAUACAGUGAAAUCUGCUAAUCUGGAAAAGGAUUUUUUCCUUGGACUGUUCAUGGCAUUGGUAAAUUAAAAAGUAGGUACUGUCAAGUUCACUGCACAUAAACCGGCAUUGUUAAAAGUAGAUCUCCAUCAUUCCAUUUCCUUUCCUGCGUUUGUCAGCAUCGUUUUUCACACUAAAGAUGAGGAGAUCCAUAUUCCUAAAACAUAUAUGCUUGGUCUGUAGACACCCUCAUUGCUCUAAGGCAGUGGUUGCCACUUUUUUCCUUAAAGGGCCUAGUAGGACAUAUUCCAGGCUUUGCCAGCCAUCACAACUGAAUUCUGCUGCCCUUGUAGCAUGAAGGCAGCCAAACAAUAGGUAAGGAAUAAACAUGGCUUUAUUCGUGGCACUGAACUUUGAAUUUCAUAUAAUUUCACAUCACGAAAUUGUAUUCUUUUGAUUUUUUUCCAAUCAUUUAAAAAUGUCAAAACCAUACUUAGCUGGAGGGCUGUAGGAAAACAGGUGGUGGGCUGGGUCUGGCCCACAGGCAGUAGUUUGUGGACCCCUGUGCCAAGUGUUUGACAAAGCCCGUGAGGCAAACUGCACUUGCCGAUAGAAUUUGCGCCACACAAGUGUCUUGGAAACAAUUUCUGUCUUGUCCUAGGCCUUAGAAAGUGCGUGCAGAUCAGAACCAUGAAGUGAAGAGCAAAGCAAGUGACAGGCCUGUCUCAGGUUGUGCAACAGAGCAUGUUUAUGACAGAUGUCCCCUGUCCAAGUGAGUGCACUGUGAGAUAAGGGGCCGGUGACCUACCAAUGCGUGUGGCAAGCCAGCCUGUUCCCCCGUGCAAGGGGAGGACACUCCUGCCCUCUAUUCCAGGAAGAGUAUGUGUAAAAAUAUCCACCCUUGUUGGUAUCAAAUGCGCUGAAGAAAAUAGGUUUCGGGGUUUCAGCCAUUCGGUCUCCUUGUUAGUGUUCUAAGCCUUGAUUUUCAGUUUCAAAACCUUGGUCUCUGAAUCCGCAGUGAUGGGUCUCUAGAGCGAAUACAUGGCAGGGCCGCCUUCCUCCGUACAGAAAGGGAGAAUUGUGCUUGUGUGUUUUACCAAGCAGGACAGAUGGGGCCGUCACCCCCGUGACCCGAGCCCCGCAAAACUGUGUUCUCACACGAAAACCCCCAGGCUCUGCGGGCAGCGUGGUCCUCCAGUGGUUAACAAUGGGCGACCGGAGUGGUGUUCCCACCCCUAGGAGAGGAACCGGCUCGGUCGCGGUGCGGUCCGCGAGGAGACGACCUCAGGGCGUAAUCCGAUGCUGUAGGUUAAGAAAUCAGAUCCCAGGCGCAGUGCAGCCGGCCACUAGGGAGUCAGGGACCUUGAUCGCCAAUAACAAGUUGUCGUUGGCGGGCGCCGAGGGUGACCCGCGAGCCUGGCUCCCGCC